AUGGUGGGUUCAACAAUCACCCAUGAUUACUACGCCGUUCUCGGCAUCACACAGACCGGGGAUGAGGACUUGAUCAAGGCCAGUUACAAGCGUCUGGCCAAGCUGAGGCAUCCCGACAAGAACCUCGACAACCCACAGGCUACGGCCGACUUUCAGUUGUACGAUCCAAACAACCUCCCAAACCAACCACCAACCCACGCCCCAAACCCAACCCCAACACCAACCCCAGCACCACCCCCUCCCCCUCCGACAACCAAGCCCACCAACAAUACACCCUUCCGCCUCGCCCAGCUCGACAGCGCCCUUCAAGCCCUGCAAACCCGCCACACCACCCUCACCACCGCCCUCACAACCGCCACCGCCGCGCUCCACAAAACCACCACCUCCCUCACCAACCUCUCCACCCAAGAAGCCGACGACGCCGCCGCCGCCGCCGCCGCCGCCGCCCUCGCAGCGGCCGCCACACGAAACAGCUCCUCCUGGUUCCCCUUCAACCUCUUCAGCGGCCCGCCGCCGCCCGCACCCACGGCCGAAGAAGCCGCGCAGCAGGCCGAGGAAGCGGACGGGCGGGCGCGGCGCGCGGUGGAGCGGCGGACGGGGCGGCUGGUGCUGGAGGCGAAGCGGGCGGGGCAGGCGGCGACGGUGGCGGAGCUGCGGGGCCUGUUGGAGGGGGUGGAGCGGGAGAUGGGGGAGAAGAGGCGGGUAAGGGCCGAGGUGGUGAGGGAGGAGUGGGCGAGGGGGGAGAGGGUGAGGAGGGAGGAGAGGGAGAGGGUGGAGAGGGAGAGGAGGGAGAGGGAGAGGAGGAUGUGGGACGAGAUGGAACGGAAGACGAGGGAGGAGAGGGAGAAGAGGGAGGAGAGGGAGGCGGAGACGAGAGAGCGGUUGAGGAAGGUGUGGGAGGAGAUGGAAAGGCGGAGGAGGGAGGAGAGGGAGGAGGAGCAGAAGAAGGCCCGGCGGCACGGGCGCCGGUGGGCCAUUAUGCAACCAUAA